CGCACCACUUCAUAAUCCCACUUCCGUAGCAACUCCAAGAAAAUCCAGCAUUCGACGGCGGCGGCGACGAAGAAGAUGUCGAUGAAGCAAUGGCUGUUCCACCACCAGAAUCAGUCUCAGAGGAUGGCAUUCGCUGGCGUUUUCGCCAUUCUUCUCCCAAUUUUCUUCCCCCAUCUCUUCCGUCCCCUCGGCCGAGCCUCGCCGUCUCUAUUCUCUGAAUGGAUUGCUCCGAGACCAAGGCACUUGCCUCUGCUAAAAGCUGCUUUGAAUCGUCACAUUCCCAUUAGACAACAGUCUGAGCUUUGGGCUCCUUUGCCUGACCAAGGAUGGAAAGCUUGUAAUGAACCAACUACUGUCUCUUCAUUACCUGCACAUUCACAAGGGUAUAUACAAGUCUUCCUGGAUGGUGGUUUAAACCAGCAAAGAAUGGGAGUAUGUGAUGCUGUUGCAGUUGCUAUGAUACUCAAUGCGACACUUGUUGUUCCGCAUCUUGAUUUGAACCCUGUUUGGCAAGAUUCAAGUUCAUUCAGCGACAUAUUUGAUGUGGAUCAUUUUAUCAAUGUUCUGAGUAAUGAAGUCAAAAUAGUUAAAGAACCACCCAGAGAGUAUGCUUGGAGCACUAGAGAGUACUAUGCGACAGGUAUACGACCUACCCGAAUUAAAACAGCUCCUGUCCAUGCUUCUGCUCAGUGGUAUCAAGAAAAUGUCUUGCCUGUACUUCAGAGCUAUGGAAUAGUGGCAAUUGCCCCCUUUUCUCAUCGCUUGGCCUUUGAUCAGCUGCCUACUCACCUCCAGCGGCUGAGAUGUAAAGUGAACUUUGAAGCACUAGCAUUUGUUCGUGAUGUCAAAGUGUUAGGAGACUUGAUUGUUAAUCGUCUUCGCAAUACCCAUCACCAAGCCUUGGGAUCAGAGUUGAGGGAAAACAUUGAUGGUUCUGGACAUGAAGGCUCAGGAAAAUACGUAGUAUUACAUCUUCGAUUCGAUAAAGAUAUGGCUGCUCACUCAGCCUGUGACUUUGGUGGAGGUAAAACUGAAAAGCUUGCUCUGGCAAAGUACCGACAAGUGCUUUGGCAGGGAAGAGUGUUGAACUCUCAGUUCACAGACGAUGAGUUAAGGAGUCAAGGGCGUUGUCCAUUAACACCUGAAGAGAUUGGGCUGCUUCUGGCAGCUUUAGGCUUCAGCAACAAUACUCGCCUCUAUCUCGCAUCCCACAAGGUCUAUGGUGGAGAAGCAAGGAUUGCUACGUUGAAGCAGUUAUUCCCUCUAAUGGAAGAUAAGAAGACCCUUGCUUCGGCAGAUGAACUGGCUAAGGUUGAAGGGAAAGCUUCUCUAUUAGCUGCAGUUGAUUAUUAUGUCAGCUUGAAGAGCGACAUAUUCAUAUCUGCUUCACCUGGAAACAUGCACAAUGCAUUGGUGGGACACAGAGCCUAUUUGAAUUCGAAGACCAUAAGGCCAAACAUGGUGCUGUUAGGGCCAUUGUUCCUGAACAAGAGCAUAGUUUGGCCAGACUUUGAAGCUGCAGUUCUCAAAGGUCACAGAAAUAGACAGGGCCAGAUUAGGCUGAGAAAGGAGAAGCAAUCCAUUUUCACCUAUCCUGCACCUGAUUGUAUGUGUAAAUCAUAACUUGCACGAUUUGUUGUUUGAAAAAAAAAACAUGGGCAGUCGUGUUUGUUAGAUCAUUGAGGCCCUUCGAUCCGACAUCAUGCUUUCUGGCUUCUGCAACUUGUAUAUUCAUGCAACUGCAGCCUGCAGUUCUGUCAGCGACGGCCGACGGACGUCAAGUAGCUCACUAUUUCGAUAUAUAUAUUGACAGAUUCACAAGGGUGGCAGUGGCUUAGAAACGAAGAAACUGGUUCUUGACUU